ACAGGUGAAUUCUCAGUGCAGACCGCAGUUGAUGAAGCACAGUUCCAAAGAUACAAAGUCUUGCUCAAGCUUGGUGGUAAAAUGGCUUUUAUAAUUGUAUGUUGUUUUUAGAUCUAAACGCCAAAGGGGUGAUUCUUAAAGCAUUUGAAGGAUUCCAUUUAAGAUCUUGUGUAAAAUUCAAACCAUAUGCUGGAGAGAAAUCAUAUAUAAGAUUUCUGAAGCUUAAUGGUUGCUGGUCUACAAUUGGAGAUACAAAAGCUGGCCAAAACCUUUCUAUUGGUGCAGGAUGUGAUCACAAAGCUAUUGUAAUACAUGAAAUCCUACAUGCUCUAGGAUUUCUCCAUGAACAAACAAGGACCGACCGUGAUGAUUACGUCAAAAUAUGGUGGAAUCAUGUGCUUCCAAAUCAAGCACACAACUUUAAUAAGUAUGGAAGAAACUAUCUCACUGAUUUGAAUACUACCUAUGAUUAUGAGUCCAUCAUGCACUAUGGCCCAUCUUCAUUUACCAAAAAUUCAAGUUUAGCAACAAUUACUACCAAUAUACCUGAAUUUAAUGGCAUUAUUGGACAACGGUUGGAUUUCAGUACUUCUGAUAUUGAAAGACUCAAUCGCAUGUACAACUGCACUAGAUCUCUCACACUUUUGGACCAAUGUGAUUUUGAGUCAGCUGAUCUGUGUGGUCUGGUGCAAGAACCAAGAGAUGAUGCUGUCUGGCUUCAUAAGAAAAAUGAGCCAAUGGAACAAAACCACACUCAAAGACAAGAGUGCAAAGAUGCUGGUCAUUUCAUGUACUUUAAUACCAGUUGUGGUAAGCAAGGAGAUACGGCAGUCUUAGAAUCACGGAUUUUGCAUCCGACGAGGAAUUAUCAUUGCCUACAGUUCUUCUUCAAAAUGACAGGAAGCCCCCAGGACAGGCUUGCUGUCUGGAUUAAAAAAGAUGAUGGCACUGGAAAAAUUCGCAGGCUGAUUAAAGUUCGAACUUUUCAAGGAGACAAUGACCAUAACUGGAAAAUUGCCCAUGUGAAUUUCAGGUGUCAAAAAAAAUUCAGAUUUCUCUUUUAUGGGCUAAAAGGCAAUCCAGAUGACUCAAACGGAGGAAUUUUUAUCGAUGAUCUGACCCUGAGUGAAGCUCAAUGCCCCAGAGCUGUGUGGCUUAUUCGUGGCUUCUCCCGCCUUCUUACAACAGCCUCUUCGGACCUCUCCAUAACUAGUCCCCGGUUCUAUAGCCAAGAAGGUUAUGGUUUUGGCAUAACCGUGGCUCCCAGAGGGUCAAGAGAUUCUGCCUUUGCUAAUUACACACGCAUUUCUUUUCACUUGGUCAGUGGCGAAAAUGAUGGUAUUCUUGAGUGGCCAGCUUUGCACAGGCAGGUUACCAUCACAGUGCUUGACCAAAAUCCCAAUGCCAAGAAAAGGAUGUCCGCAGAAAGGAGCUUCACAACAGAUACAACACAGGUCUUCCCAGACAAAAACAAUUCUUCCAGAUGGGGGAAACCCUCCCUUCUUGGUAAGUUUGACACUUCAUGCAACUGCAGCCGGAAUGGAGGCUGGGGAUGGAGUAAAUUUAUCUCACAUGCACUGCUAAGGAGAAAGAAUUUCCUGAAAAAUGGUGAUCUUAUUAUCUUUGCGGAGUUUGAAGAUUUAACACAUCUCAGGAAGACUGAACAUUUUUCUCCCCAAACUUGGCCCAUCGGUGAAAACCCUCCUUUGGGAAGGAAGAAGAGGUCAGCCCACCUGAAGGCCUCGCAGAUCCACCCAAGAGAACACUGUGAUCCAAACCCAUGUCAGAAUUGAGGCAUCUGUUUAAACAACCAAGGAGAUGUGAGCUGCAGGUGUGCUACAACCAAAAUCUUCCUUUACACAGGGGCGAGAUGCCAGGUCACCCUUAUAAACUGGAACAUCCUUGGCUUGUUGCUUGGUGCAACUGCUGGAACCCUUGUACUCGCUAUAAUAUCCGUCACCAUCAUCACUACGAGAUGAAGACCUUUUCGGAGUGUGGCUUCAGGGUGAUUUCAGAAAUGUUGUCAUUUUUCUUUCAUAAGUUGAUGCCUCACCUCUUGCUUCCAAGCUGGCUUUAUAUAUAUAUAUAUAUAUAGACUGUACCUAGAAUGGGAACAGAGAUUGUUGAUUUGCAUCACUUUGCCAUUGACUCUGCUGGCUAGGACUGAUGGAAAGUGCAGCCUAGCAAUAUUUGGAGGACUGUAUUAUUUCUACUCCUGCUCUAUUCACAUAUCUGGGAAGAGGUUACACUUAAGGCAGUGGGACUUACUUCAAAGGAGACCUCUCUGAAGGCCAGUGUAUUUAUAGCGUGCAGCUCUUUCCCAUGAGGAGGGGUGUUCAGCCAGCCCCUUUUGUACCCUCCUUUCUCCUAGAUUCUUUGGCAUCUGUUCUUUACAGGUGUUGUCCUUGCAAAGAAAUUUAACAGGAAAAAGAAAUAACUGAUGAGAAUGCCUCCCAGCUUGCUGUAUAAAUUACAGGGUGAGUUGUGUAACUCUGCCUUCAGGAUGGGAAAGCACCUGAAAUGCUACCCUGCAGCUUCCUCCUGCCCAGCAGCCAGGUGCAAAUAUGUAUUAAAUUUGCAACACAAUAUGCGGUGUUCUGUUUAAAAGUAACUGAGGAAUCAGGGAGAAAGAACAUUUGCAAGAAGAUUGGAUUCCUUUCUUAAUGGCUUUCUGGUCUUUUAGAUAUCAUCUAAAUCAGUGGUUCCCAACCUAUGGUCCAUGGAUCAUCAGUGGUCCCCAAGAACUAAAAUAUGGUCCUCGUCCUCACCGUUACUAUACCGUUGCAACAGGAGCGACUCGUCUUGCAAAACCCUCUUAUAGUGCUGAGGCAUUAGGGACAUUGGGAGGGGAGAAGCUGACUACCCACGAAAGGCGCAACAAGCCUCCUGACUUCUGCUUCUCCUCCUCCCCCCCCCCCGCCCCCAAGCGGAGUCAUUCCAUGUGGCACCUGGAAGCAGGGUGCCUUGGUGUCAUUUUUAGGCCUGUUCCUGGGGUUAUAAGGCGUGCUGUUUCAGAAAAUUGCAUUGAAUAGACCACAUCAGCUCUAGAAUAUUAAAUAUGGUGUUCUGUGGGUGAGCAGGUGGCGACUAAUGAAUGACAUAUGUUCUUUAUCAGAAACUAGAGCGGAUGUGGUCUAUCUAAUGCAAUUUUCUGAAUCAGCACCCCAAAUAACCAAACCGAAUCUAAAGUUGACCAAAAACUGAUUUGCAACCCUUUUGGCAUUAAAGUUGGAGAGUAGUCCCCAGUCAGUGGGGUCCCUGGUCAAAAAAAGGUUGGGAACCACUGAUCUAAAUAGAUUCUCAUUUUUGUAAAUAUAGUCCAUCUGCACCUAUGCUUCUUCUUGUACACUGCUGGAUGUGGUUACUGAUGGACAUUGCAAUGUGGGUAGGCCCUGCAAGACCUUUCAGGCCACUUAGAGAUAAGAACUUUGAACUCACCACGCAGGCAGCCCAGUGGGCGCUCUCUAGUGUCCCAUCUGAAGCCGUACCUCAUGUUCCAGGUACACCUUCAGCCUGGAACAGGAUUAAAGGCUCCUGAGCAGUGAGUGAACACCUACUCUUUCCCAUUGCCAAUUACAGUAACAUCUGGGUCUCUUCAGUUUGCUGGUUCUCGCUUGAGGAAUAGAACUAGAUAAAGCAGCCUUUUUAUUACUUUUCUUCCCUUUUCUAUCGUUUUGAUGGAAUCUACAGAGUUCGCUUUACUGACUUCAUACUUUCGUCCAUUUUUAAGAAUUUUUAAGAGCUUUGCUCUUGUUACCAUGGAAGAAGGGCUCCAUACAAUUAAUCUAUAUAUAAUAGUGGACCUCCUCACCCUGGCAGUUCAAUGAUUUUUAUCAUCUUGCAUGGUGGCAGUGCAGAAAUGUGGAACAAUGUGUGAUAAUAAAAUAACCAAGUUCUAAGAAUGAAAGAAGGAAUGGUCUCCCUCAGUUUUCUGGCUAAAAAGUGCUCUUGUUACUCUAUUUACUCAUUGAUUAUAAAUAACUAUUCUACCACUUCUACUUUUGUAAUCUGUUAAAUUCAAAAACUGAUUAACAGCUUAAUGGAGCAAGAAGAUGGCUCUAUUAUCUACUGUCAAAAGGAGUUUCAAGAGUAGUGAUUAAAUUAUUGGAUAUGAUGGUUGAAUGUCCACAGGUAAAUUUCUAUAUCUUCCAGCAUGACGUCAUACACUUGUUCAUCUGGAGGGCCUUAAGCAUUAUUUCCUAUCUUAAACCCAUUCAAGACUUCAGAUUCCAAAAUAAAUUUCUUCUGGGGAAGGGAUUAGCAUUCAUUUUCAAUUGAGGCUACUGAAAUCACCUUAGUUUGCAGACCCCUGGAUUUGACAAAAACAAGUCUAUCUAACACUAAAACCUCUCAGCCACACAAAUUUAUGUCAGUAUUCCCUAUACUAAAUCAAUUGUGUGCUAUUAGCUACUUGGGUAUUGCCAAAUAUGACAUGCUACCAUAAUACUGGAUUACCCAACAAAUUUUUUGUAUAUACAGUAGAGUCUCACUUAUCCAAGCCUCGCUUAUCCAAGCCUCUGGAUAAUCCAAGCCAUUUUUGUAGUCAAUGUUUUCAAUAUAUCGUGAUAUUUUCUGCCCCAGGUUUCUAACUGGGGCAGAUUACAGGACGCGCUCAACGCCGCUGUUUAAAGAGCUCCACUGGCUGCCAUUUAUUUUCCGAGCCCAAUUCAAGGUGCAGGUUAUCACCUACAAAGCCCUUAACGGUUUGGGACCCACCUACCUUCGAGACCGCAUUUCCCCCUAUGAACCCGCACGACCUCUUCGCUCGUCGGGGGAGGCCCUCCUCUCGCUUCCACCAACUUCGCAGUUGCGGUUGGUGGGGACGAGGGAGAGGGCCUUCUCCGCCGUGGCCCCCCGGCUGUGGAACUCGCUCCCCAGGGAGAUUAGGCAGGCCCCUACCCUACUCUCAUUCAGGAAGAGCCUGAAAACUUGGCUAUUCCAGAAGGCCUUCGUUGACUGAUCCUUGUGGGAUCAUGUUAUUUACCUAUUAAGCAGUAGACCCUCUGGAUUGUUUUUAGGAUUCAUUCAGCACUUUAAGUAUUACACCUGCUGCAUAAUUAUCCCUCCCUGAUAACUUGAUAUUACUUUGCACCUUGGCCUGGAUCUUUUGACCCAAAUCGGGAUCUUAAUAUUAUUGUGUAUAUUGACUUUUAUGACUGUUUUUAAUCAUGUUGAAGUUUUACUGCUCGGUUUAAUGUUUUAUCUGAUUUGUGCUGUCGUGUCUGGGCAUGGCCCCAUGUAAGCCGCCCCGAGUCCCUCCGGGGAGAUGGGGCGGGAUAUAAGAAUAAAAUUAUUAUUAUUAUUA